AUGAUCGAUGAAAACCUGCCGACGUUCUUCCUGAAGAACACCUCGAAGACCCCUCAGCAGAGCACCAUCUACCACCGGCAGCAUGGCAAUGACCCUGAACCCGUCUACACCCUCCGCGCCCUCGACCCUGCCCUCCCCACCUCGAACAACCGGUACGGUGUCGCUCUGUAUGAUCCCUACGUAACGGACGUCGUGUACGGGGAAGUCGCCGUCGUUCCAGAAUGGACACAACCCAGUCUAUCUGCAGACACAAUACGCGCGAAUGGUGGCGCGGCGCCCCCUCCGGAACCCAUCCUCCCUACCGAGUUCACAAUUCAGCUUUACAAUCCGGACCAGGAGAUCAUCGUGAAACAUCAGGCAAAGACGUGGAACAGACCUGCGAGAUGGGAGUUUGAGAUGCCUCAGCGGACUUUUAGAGUCCCAUCUGCGUCAACACUGGACCGAACCCAGAGCGACCCUUCUGCUGCGGACGUGACCCCGAAGUUGCGGUUUAGCUGGCGCAAAGAUGGAAAACUGUCCAAGGACUUGUCGUGCUUGCUGCAUGGCAAGACGUCGACUAUUCCAGACACGCGUAGUAAGAGUCGUGAGCCCGAUAUAACCGUGGCUCUUUUUCAGGGUCUGAAAGAGCUGACUCUGUACGAACCGAAUCUCUACCGGGUGGAAAUGGAGGACUUUAAGGGUCUGGAGGUAGUUCUGCUUCUCGCUGCUGUCGCGAUUCGCGACAUCUUCUUUGGUCCAGCCAAGGAGGCUUUUCAUAUUACUGCGGGCGGGCCCUCAACAGUCGGCACCCGACCACAAGCAACACCUGCAGGAGGACGGAUCCCACAGACCCAGGCCGCAGGAGCAAUUCCCAAUAGCAAGGCUUCGCCGCCUCGGUCGACCAUCCCCGAUUCAAAAUCACCAGCUUCCCAGGCCCGGAAACGACAAGAUGAGCUCGCAGCAGAAGAAGCCCGCCGUACACAAGAGCUUCUGGCCGCCGAAAAACGAUCACGGCAAAAGGCCCAACUCCAGCGCCAAGCAGACGUGGACAAUGAAACCAAACGGCUGCAACAAAUCUACGGCAGGGAAGAGCAGCAGGCACGCCAACAAAAGCCCACCCCAGACCUUUCUCCAAGACCGCAUCUGCCCCCGCGACACAGCGAGCCAUCUCGACCAUCCCCCUACCAAUUCACCCAGUCCUACUCCCAUCUACCAUCUCAAGGUCCCCCUCAACCUCCUCGACACGCCCGCCCUCAAAGAGCACCCCAAAGCGGACCCGUUCCCACUUUCGCCGCCAGUCCCUACCUCCAACCUUCCGGCCGCAUGGACCCGCGUGUCCAGUCAACAGCCCAACUCAUGCCUCGGCCACAGAUCCAGCCCAGGCCUCAGUCCCAUGUAGGAUUCUACCCGACUCCUGCAAGCAGCGGGGCAUUCCCGGCAGCACAGCAGCCAACUCAGCAAGUGCAGCCAAAGAAGAGCAGUUUCUUUGGGUUUAAGCGGAAUAAGGAGGAAAGCAGUGGCCGCAAUCGGCUGGAUAAAAAGCGGAGUUCUAUGUUUUGA